AUGGCUAGACGCUUUACGGCUGAGGAAAAGGGUAAAACCAUCACAGGAAACCCAACAGCUCCCCAGAGAAUCAGAAUACGUGCUCCUGACUUUGAUCCAUCAGAACUCAUCAAAGACAACUUACUCACACUGGUCGGACGUCUCACUAACCCUAGGGAACAAAAGAUGAGUUCGGUCUUACCUUAUUUGGCUAAGAAAUGGGACGUCGAUCCAUCAUCCGGCUCUGACCUAGGAAGAGACUGCUUUCAGUUUCGUUUUGAGGCGGAGGAAGACAUUCAGGAGAGAGAACAUGCUUACUACUCCCCACCAUACUCAAGGCGCCGCCUGCAUCAAAAUGGAGGAGAGCAUCAACAGGAGGAUAGAGACAACCGUCGUAACUCCCCAAGACUUCAGUGGAAAGCCAAAUCCACACUAGCGGAUCAGGAAGCAACCUCGCAACGAAGGAGUAGCCACUCACCCAGGCCCUCUUUAGGACGUAAUUUAGACAGGACAGACUUCCCACCACUCAAUGAAGGCAUAGCAAACGCAACUACAGUCGGAGCAACAAACAGCCGAUCAUCUCACCCCCAAUGGAGAACAAAACCAUCAGUUCCAGAUCAUGAAGCAACAGCUCAACGAUCACAAAAGGGCGCCUCCAGACAACAUUCAGAACAUGUCCUGGUCGCGAAUAAUGUCUUGACGCCCCCGAACAUUCCAUCUAGAGAAAAGGUGAUGGAAGAGCUGAGAGAAGUUACUCUACAGUAUCUGAACGUCGACGACCCAACAGAGAGGGCAGCUAGACAACAACGAGUGCUGCAAAGCGAACUGGACGGUACAGUGGAAGAAACCGCAGCGAAUAUUAUCCAAGCUUCAACCAACGCGGCUCUCGCAUCCCCAACACCUACUAACCACCAGGAUACGGCCCCUUUUUCUCAGACAACAAGUCCCAGUAAUGGGGGUGUAAACCCAAAAUCUGAACCAGCAACAAACCUCGCCGGGAACUUCCAAAGCCCAAGCGCCAAAACCCGCAAGGAAGCAGAGAAGAACUACCGCGUCCACAGCUCCGCCAAUUACACUGAUCCCGCCAGUAGCGAAACCGCAGAUGGAUUUUCAUCUGCGAAAUCGCGAUCUUCCUUAGCAAUGCUAAGCUGGAAUUGUCGUGGACUGGGGAACCCCACGACAGUUCAGCGGAUCAAGGAGCUUAAUCAACAAGCUUCUCUUGAUAUAAUCUUCCUCAUGGAAACAAAGAAUCCGGAUGCCUUCGUACUGCAAGAGCUUGACUUCCUUGGGGCAGAGCAUAGACAUUUGGUUCCCCCAGAGAGGCCGAAUAGUGGCGGACUUGCCCUCUUUUGGAAACAAGACAUAGAUUUACAGAUUCUCUCUUCAUCCAAGAAUGUAAUAGAUACUAUCAUUAAUCAUAAAGGGUCAUCUUUCUUUGCAACCUUUGUCUAUGGAGAUCCUGAAACACAACACCGGUUUAUGGUAUGGGACCUCCUUAUAUCACUCUCCUUAUCACGAAACUCUACAUGGAUAUUAGCCGGAGAUUUUAACGAGAUCAUAGACAACAGCGAGAAAUCUGGCGGACCGGUGAGACCAGAAGGCUCGUUUGGAGCCUUUCGGAAUAUGCUUUCCAAUUGCGACCUAUUCGACCUCAAACACACGGGAAUCUCUUUAUCGUGGAGAGGGCGUCGACGAACUCACCUUGUAUUCUGCCGGCUCGACAGGUUCCUAGUUAACCCAGCAUGGUCAGACUGUUUUACUACGGGCAGAUGCCAUUACCUGAAUUUUGAUACGUCAGACCACAGACCAGUGAUCACGGUCUUUGACUCAGCAAAGCGACGCAAGAACCGGCUAUUCAGGUAUGACCGCAGAUUGAAAGAUAACGCUGAGGUUAGAAAUCUAAUUGUUGAAGUCUGGAAUGCUGAUCCCAACCUAUCCAUGGACGCGAAGCUUUCGCGAUGCCGCAAAGCUAUCGCAACGUGGUCCAGAGAACAGUCUUUCAACAGCAAAGAAGUUAUAAAUCAGUUAAAGCUGAGCCUAGAAACGGCCAUGUUCGACCCCCAGGGAGAUGAUUCCAUGAUCACAUCUCUUAACGCCAAGCUUCACAUUGCAUACAAAGAUGAAGAAGAAUUUUGGCGGCAACGCAGGAGAAUUAUGUGGCUCUUUGCAGGGGAUAAAAAUUCGGGGUUCUUCCAUGCGAUGGCCAAGGGACGCAGAGCACGCAACAGGAUGUCAGUCAUAGAGGAUUCUGAGGGAAAGGCUUUCUUCGAAGAGGAUCAAAUUGCAGACCAGAUUUCUUCUUAUUUCAAUGCCAUGUUCACUUCAGAAAACCAUGGCGGGCCCUCAGACUUGACGAAGGACAUUGUGCACUCAGCACUCAAACCGAGCCUCUCAGGUGAAGUGAAUCAGAGCCUCGGUACAACUCCAGAGGCUGACGAGAUCAAACACGCCCUCUUCUUAAUCCAUCCGGACAAGGCUCCGGGACCGGAUGGAUUCUCCGCGAGCUUUUUCCAUUCAAAUUGGAACACAAUCGGACAGUCACUGAUUAUGGAGGUGCAGGCUUUCUGCAGGACAGAGGUUAUGCCACCAACAACAAAUGUCACCUAUAUUAGACUGAUACCGAAGAUCACAGGUGCGAAGAGUGUAGCUGACUACCGGCCAAUAGCGCUGUGUAACGUCACAUACAAAGUCAUCACCAAGAUUAUUUCACUCCGUAUCAAAGCUACCCUUCAAGGAAUCAUCUCGGAAACGCAAUCAGCCGGUCGAGCUAUCUUCGACAAUGUACUCAUUACUCAUGAGAACCUCCAUACUCUUAAAAACUCCGAGGCUGUGGUGAAUUGCUCUAUGGCGGUCAAGACUGAUAUGAGUAAAGCUUAUGAUCGGUUAGAGUGGAAUUUCAUCGAGACGGUGCUACUAAGAUUCGGGUUUGCGUCUCAUCUGGUCGCCUUAAUCAUGCAAUGCGUUACAUCAGUGACAUACUCCUUCCUAGUUAACGACCCUGUUCAUGGAAGAGUGAUACCGUCAAGAGGCAUUCAACAAGGCGGCCCGCUAUCUCCGUAUCUCUUCAUUCUUUGUGGAGAGGUCCUUUCCGGUUUGUGCAAACGAGCUCAAAGAAGCGGUCAUCUAGCCGGCCUCAGAGUUGCUAUACCAGCCCCCCGACUGAAUCAUCUCUUGUUUGCGGAUGAUACCAUGUUCUUCCUCAAUACAUAUGAAGAGAGCUGCUCGGCACUGAUGCAUAUCCUUGAACAAUACAAGAUGGCGUCGGGCCAAUUGAUCAAUGCUACGAAAUCCUCCAUCACCUUCUCAGCCAAGACCCCGCAGGUAAUACGGCAACGUGUUAAAAUACACCUCGGGAUUGAAAAGGAAGGAGGAACGGGCAAGUAUUUGGGUCUACCGGAACACUUCGGUCGGCGAAAAAGGGACCUUUUUACCGGAAUUGUCGACCGUAUCAGAAGCAAAGCGGCUUCCUGGGCUACACGUCGCCUAUCAAGCGCUGGCAAACUGGUUAUGUUGAAUUCUGUACUUACAGCGGUUACUUCUUUCUAUAUGACGUGCUUCCUCCUUCCUAUGAGUUUAUGCGAUCGAAUCCAAUCCGCUCUAACGAGAUUUUGGUGGGAUUCGUCACCGGAGGAGAAAAAAAUGUGCUGGGUGGCUUGGGAGAAGCUUAUCAAGCCUAAAGCUCACGGAGGGUUAGGUAUUAGAGAUAUUCAGGCCUUCAACAAGGCACUGCUGGCCAAACAAACUUGGCGGAUCAUCACAAAACCCGACUGCCUGCUGUCCCGCAUACUAAGAGGCAAAUAUUGUACCAAGGCUUAUUUCCUCCAGGUUUCUGAAACAAAGACAAUGUCGCACGGAUGGAGGAGCAUCAUUGCGGGUAGAGAUCUAUUGGUUACCCGACUGGGUAAGGUCAUAGGGAAUGGGGAAGGAACACGGGUCUGGAAGGACCCUUGGCUAAGACUUGAUCACCCUACUGUCCCGUUUGGACCAGUAAAAGAAAGCGACCAAGAUUUGUUUGUAUCUGAUCUCAUCUGCAGAGGAAGUGGAGAAUGGAAUAUCAACCAAAUAACAAGCAUUAUGCCACAUCUUCUUCCUGAGAUCCUCUGUAUCAGACCAAGUAUUACGGGAGCACCUGAUUUUUAUGCGUGGCUAGAUUCAAAGACAGGAGUAUACUCGGUUAAGUCUGGGUACUUCGUAGCAGCCUCUAUGAUCCAGGUUGAGGACAACGAAGCCACUGAAGCUCAACGAAUUAUGGAGCAAGCGUUAAACAAAGGCAUCUGGACCUGCAAGACCUCCCCAAAGCUUCAUCUAUUCUUAUGGAAGAUAUUCCAUGGAGCCCUGCCGCUGGGAGAAAAUCUAGCAAAACGGGGAAUGCUUACCAACAUUUCUUGUAGACGCUGUGGUGAACUAGAGACGGCGGAUCACAUCUUCCUCCACUGUGCGUUCACACGUCGAAUCUGGUCAGCAAGUAUCUGGAGAAACGAGUUCAUACUGACAGAUACAUCUACUCUUGCAACAAUUUUUCUGGAGUCAGCGAACUACAUCAACCUUCCGCCAUUAGGAAUCAAAGAAACGAUCUUCCCAUGGAUUUGCUGGGCAAUUUGGACAGCAAGGAACUACCUUAUCUUCGAGAACAGGAAUUUUGAACCUAUUGAUAUUCUCUCCAAAGCCAUUGCUAACGCCCGGGAAUGGAAUGCAGCGCAACUACCAGGCCUUGAUCCUCCUAUCGCACGGAAUCCUCGAUUACCACCGACACUCACGAUCACCACUGAACCGGCCUGCUUCACUGACGCAGCCUGGCACUCGUCCACGAACAGAGCAGGGUGUGGCUGGUAUAUCCUAACACCUGAGAAGACUAUCACUCUACAAGGCACCCGUAUGUUUGAACACAUCUCAUCACCUCUGAUGGCUGAAGCACUCGCCAUCCGGUCAGCCCUCCUCCACGCCCUCGACGCUGGAAUCACUUUAAUCUGCAUCAAGUCAGACUGUCAGGCACUCAUCAAUGCCCUCUCCUCGAAGUAUCACUCGGCGGAUAUCUACGGAAUCAUUCGGGACAUCGAGGCUCUAUCUUAUCGUUUUUCUCGCAUUUCUUUUAGUUUCAUUCCGCGAUCACAAAACUCUAUGGCUGAUACUUUAGCCAAAUCUGCUAUGUACUCUGCUUUCCCCAACUAG